CUCGCUCACUCACUCACUCACUCACCCCCUCCCUAGUCUCACACUAUGGCCGACCUCACCAUCCGCAACCUCACCAUCACGCCCCUGGAGCUCCUCUCCGUCCAGCGCUUCCAGGGCGAAAAGGUGCGCACCGGCAACGUCGUGGCCAACGUCACCGGCGCCAUCGCGGGCUUCAUCAACGCCACCGACUUCUCCGCCCACCGCCUCCUGCCGCGCGGCGACUCGCACGACGCCCGCGACGUCUCCGUCCACCUCGACCCCUUCCGCGCCGUCCGCACCGCCAUCCGCGGCCCCGACCCGGCCGGCCGCGAGAUCCUCCGGCUGACCUUUCGGGCCGGCGACCGCCGCUAUGAGACGGACGUGCCCAGCCCCUCGCGCAAGUCCGCCGUCAUGAAGCGCAUCGAUCACGACGACGACGACAACGAUGACGACCUGGACCUCACCGUCGUCUACGUCCCCACCGGCGCCUUUCUCGCCAUCUUCUCCUCCGCCAAGCUCCACGCCUGGAUGCGGCAGCUCGACGACGCCUGGCCCCUCCCCUUACUCUCCAUCCCCGGCACCCACAACUCGCCGACCUGCCACACGGCCCUGCCCUCGGUCCGGUGCCAGUCCGUCGGCGUCCCCGAGCAGCUGCGCAACGGCGUGCGCUUCCUCGACGUCCGCGUCUCCGUCAGCCCGGACACCGACGCCCUGCCCCUCGUCCACUCCGUCUUCCCCGUCGCCCUCGCCGGCAUAAAGUACUUUGCCGACCUCGUCGCCGACGUCUACCGCUUCCUCGACGCCAACUCCAGCGAGACCGUCCUCAUGAGCAUCAAGCGCGAGGGCGCCGGCCGCGGCACCGACCAGCACCUCAGCCGCCACCUGAAAGCAGGCUACGUCGACCGCCGGCCCGACCGCUGGUGGACCGAGCCGCGGGUGCCCUCGCUCGGCCAGGCCAGGGGCCGCAUCGUCGUCGUGCGCCGCUUCGGCCUCGACGACGAGCUUCUCGCCCGCGACGGCGGCUGGGGCAUCGACGGGCCCGACAACUGCGAGGACGGCACCUGCGACGGCGGGCACAUCCGUGUCCAGGACUUUUACGACGUCACCGAGAGCCAGAACAUUGAGCGCAAGAUUGACUACAGCCGCGGCCAGCUGGAGCGCGCCGCCGAGCGCGAGUUCCGCCUUCACCAACACCACGAUCACGAUCACGAUCACGGCGGCGGCGGCGGCGGCGGCCCGGACGCCGCGCCGACGCUGCCCAUCUUUCUCAACUUUCUGAGCGGGAGCAACUUCUUCAACGCCACGUGCUGGCCCGAGAGGAUCGCCGCCAAGGUGAAUCCCGCCAUUGUCGAGUACCUGUGCAUCCGCCACGGCGAGGACGGCAAGGGGCCUAAGCAGCUCAAGGUCGGCGCGGGGAGCACCGGCAUUGUCGUCACGGACUGGGUGGGUGCGAAUGGCGACUGGGAUCUGAUUCGGUGCAUUGUGGGCUGGAAUGCGAGGUUACAGCUGCCUUGAUAUUGAUUCAUGUGAUGUUGCAAG